AUGGCACCAUCAGCCACAGAAAAGGGCAAGUGGUCGACCGACUUCGACACGGUGCGCCGCCAUGACCUCUUCCGCAACCCUCCCUCAGACAAGUCGGCAUACCCUACCCUCGCCUCGGCCGUCGACCCCCAUGUGCAAUCCUUCAAUGCUGUCUUUGCAGAGAAGGGUCAGCUUUACCAUGCUCUCCGCGACAUUGGAACCAAGACAUUCUUCGAUGGUAACCCGAACUUGCCCUUCUCAGCCGAUGGUCCUAGACGCAACAAGCUUCAGGUUCGCGUCAAGGAAGUAUUCCUCGACAAGAGCAUGCUCCCUCCUUCCAACAAGAUCGCCAAGAAGCGCGAGAUUCUGCCCGUAGAGUGCAGAGAGCGCCAUUGCACAUACAGAGGUCGCUUCAGAGGCCGUCUCGAGUGGCGCAUCAACGAGGGCGAGUGGAAGGAGAGCGUUAGAGAGUUUGGUUCUCUGCCCAUCAUGUUGCGCUCAAACCGCUGCCACCUCGAGGGUCUUUCACCAAAGGAGCUUGUCGACAAGAGGGAAGAAACUGAAGAGCUGGGAGGUUAUUUCAUUGUCAACGGUAUCGAGAAGCUGAUUCGUAUGCUCAUUGUCAACCGACGAAACUACCCCAUGGCCAUCAUUCGUCCCUCUUUCGUCAACAGAGGCGCAACCUACACAAAAUAUGGUAUCCAAAUCCGCUCCGUCAGACCCGAUCAGACCUCGCAAACCAACGUCCUGCACUACCUCAACGACGGCAACGUCACCUUCCGUUUCUCAUGGCGCAAGAACGAAUAUCUCAUCCCUGUCAUGAUGAUUUUCAAGGCUCUGGUCGAGACAAACGACCGCGAAAUUUUCGAAGGGCUGGUCGGUCCUGCUGGAAGCAAGGGUAUCGAAGAGAAGCAGUUCGUCACAGACCGUGUUGAGCUUCUGCUACGCACAUACAAGGCCUACAACAUUCACGGUCAGGCGAAGACCCGCGCAUACCUUGGAAGCAAGUUCCGCGUUGUCUUGAGCGUCCCUGAUGAUAUGUCUGACGAAGAUGCUGGUGUUGAGUUUUUGAGAAGAAUUGUUCUCCCUCACUUGGGUACAUCCGAUAACAAGGAGACCAACGACGCCGACAAGUUCCGCAUGCUGCUUUUCAUGACCAGAAAGCUGUACUCUCUUGUCGAGGGAGAAUGUGCUGUCGACAAUCCCGAUGCCGUCCAGAACCAGGAGAUCCUUUUGCCUGGUUUCCUCUACGGUAUGAUUGUCAAGGAGCGCAUCGAGGAGUGGCUGGGCUCUAUUGGCUUGCAACUCCGUGACUGGGGCAGAAGUACCAAUUGGGCAUCAAUCGUCUCGGACGAAUUUGAGAGAGACUUCAGCGCAAAGAUCCUUCGCCGAACUAACGAGAACUUGGCACAGGCUCUGGAUUACUUCUUGUCUACUGGUAACCUUGUCUCGCCCAGUGGUCUGGAUCUGCAACAAACCUCUGGUUUCACCGUUGUCGCCGAAAAGAUCAACUUCUGGCGUUUCAUCAGUCAUUUCCGCAUGGUCCACAGAGGUAGUUUCUUCGCUCAGCUCAAGACCACAACUGUCAGAAAGCUGUUGCCUGAGAGUUGGGGUUUCCUCUGCCCUGUCCACACUCCCGAUGGUUCUCCUUGCGGUCUUCUCAAUCACUUGGCUCACAAGUGUAAGAUUGCCACAAAGAGCGUCGAUACUAAGGCUAUCCCCGGCCUCAUCUCACAACUGGGCGUUACCGAGGCUCCCUCUGCAUCCGUCGAGGACAGCGUUGUUGUUAUGCUCGACGGUCGCAUUCUUGGUUUCUGCUCUCCCCAACAGGCUCGCGUGAUCGGAGACACUCUCCGCUACUGGAAGGUAGAGGGUACUCACGGCGUACCCGCCGAGCUCGAAAUUGGUUACAUUCCCAACUCCAAUGGAGGUCAAUACCCUGGUCUUUACAUGUUCUCACAAGCCGCAAGAAUGUACAGACCCGUGAAGUACCUCCCUCUUGAAAAGGAGGACUUUGUUGGUCCUUUCGAGCAGCCCUUCAUGUCAAUUGCUUGCACAGAGCCCGAAAUUAUCUCCGGAGACUCAACACACGUCGAAUUCGACCCUACCAACAUUCUCUCUAUUCUCGCCAACCAAACACCCUUCUCAGACUUCAACCAGUCGCCUCGUAACAUGUACCAGUGUCAGAUGGGAAAGCAAACCAUGGGUACCCCUGGAACUGCUUUGAAAUACCGUACCGACAACAAGUCAUACCGCCUGCAAACCGGUCAAACACCAGUUGUCAGACCUCCUCUGUACAACGAAUAUGGCCUGGACAACUUCCCUAAUGGCACCAAUGCCUGCGUUGCCGUCAUUUCAUACACUGGUUACGACAUGGAUGAUGCUAUGAUUAUCAACAAAUCCGCCCACGAGCGCGGCUUCGGUCAUGGAACAGUAUACAAGACCAAGAAGAUUGAUCUCGCAGAGGACAACGGCGGCAGACGUGGUCGUGGAGGUAAUGUGAAGAAGCUCUUCGGUUUCGCACCUGGCGGUCUCGUCCGUGCACAGUGGCGUGCAACCCUGGACGACGAUGGUCUGAUCGCUGUUGGCAUGAAGGUCAAGGAAGGCGAUAUCAUCGCCGCAUCGCACACCGUCACUAAGGAUCCUAUCACUGGCGAAUAUGUCAACCGUGAUGGUAUCACUCACUUGCACAAGUACAAGGAGCACGAGGAGGCUUUCGUUGAGGAGAUCAAGAUGCUCGGCACAGACACCGGUGGUGAUGAACCCUGCCAGAUGCUCAGUAUCAGACUUCGCAUACCCCGUUCGCCUGUCAUUGGUGACAAGUUCUCUUCUCGUCACGGACAGAAGGGUGUUUGCUCACAGAAGUGGCCUGCCAUGGAUAUGCCUUUCAGCGAGAGCGGUAUCCAACCCGAUGUCAUCAUCAACCCUCACGCUUUCCCUUCGCGUAUGACCAUUGGUAUGUUCGUCGAGUCGCUGGCUGGUAAGGCUGGAUGUUUGCACGGUGUUGCGCAAGACAGCACGCCGUUCAAGUUCAAGGACAAGGCAGGCGAGACCGCCGUCGAGUACUUCGGUCACCAGCUGAAGCGUGCUGGUUUCAACUACUACGGAAACGAGCCAAUGUACUCCGGUAUUACUGGUCAAGAGCUCGGUGCCGACAUCUACAUGGGUGUUGUCUACUACCAACGUCUGCGUCACAUGGUCAACGACAAGUUCCAGGUCCGUACCACCGGUCCCGUGACUGCAUUGACUGGUCAACCCAUCAAGGGUCGUGCCAAGGGUGGUGGUAUCCGUGUCGGUGAGAUGGAGAGAGAUUCUCUAAUUGCCCACGGUACAGCAUUCCUGCUCCAAGACCGUUUGAUGAACUGUUCCGAUUACCAAAAAGCAUGGAUCUGCCGCGGUUGUGGAUCCUUCCUUUCCGCACAACCAACCGUCAACCAGUAUGGUCACAGAAAGGGUGUCAAUGCCAGCAAUGUCAGGUGUAGAAGAUGUAGUACCAAGGCUACUGGCUCUGAGCAAAGAAGCGACACCUGGGAGGACGGCAGAGGUGACAAGUUCGUUGGUGGUUCUGAUGUCACUGUCGUUGCAGUUCCUGGUGUCCUGCGCUACUUGGAUGUCGAGUUGGCGGCUAUGGGUGUCAAGAUGAAGUUCGAUAUCACGCCGUAA